AUGCAAAAUAGAGAUAUACCAGACACCAGUCUAUUGUCCGGACCUGCUUAUAACAAUGACAACUURAACUAUGGUGCUCACCAYGCACGKCUGAUGUCACCAAACGGGUAUCGCGCAGAUGUGAAUGCUCUAAACGAUUCUUGGAUUUCAGUUGAUUUUAAAAGAGAAGUGGUUGUUACGGGCAUCGCUACACAAGGAUAUGGAAAUAUAACGGCCCAAGAAUGGGUCACGCAGUUUGUAUUGCUGUACUCCAAUGGUGGAGAUGUUUUGAAGCCAUUCCGUAACCUGGAAACUGAAUAUGCAAUAUUUUCAGGGAACAAAGACAGUAACACCGUCAACAAGAUUGACUUACUAUAUCCAGUAUUGGCUACAAACAUUUUGAUUUUACCACAACAGUGGCAUAAAAAUGUAGGACUAAGGCUUGAACUAUAUGGAUGUAAACCAGAUUUCUUCUUUACUUUGUAUCUUCUACUGCCGAAUAAAGAUUUUUCAAUGGAUUUAAGAAACAACCAAAGCUAUGAAUACCAGUUUAUAAGAGAAGAUGCUUUGGCUGAGAUAAAUGGAUAUCUAGGAGAUGUUCCUGGGGUUUUGAAAGUUUCUUUCAAAGAGUUUAGUCCACAGGAAAGUGUCACCACAGGGCACAUAGCAACACAAGUGGAGUUUGACAUACAUUGUGUUGAAUCGAGUAUGCAUUACUUGCUUACGAAGCUCAAGGAACGAGUUGAGGAGAGCGAUAUAYUUGAGCGAAACUACUUUAAGCUUAACUACCCAAAAAGCAGUGCCUGUCAAUCACCACAUCUGAAAAUAGCACCACUUCUCAACCACGCCUCAAAGAGAACGACCAUGUUAAGUCAGGCGACGGCURYUUUYCGAGUUUAUCUCAAGGAGAGCUGUAAAGCAGCAAGGCAGCUGAUCACAUGGAAAAUAGGAAUCGUCGCCARGGGGAGCGGGAGGAUAUCUCAUAUGUUACCAAUUUCAGUUAAUACACAUAAUGUAACGCUCAAUCUUCAGGAUUACAAAACGCGUUUAAUCCUGCUUCAGUGCACAAUGUAUAGAACUGYUGAAGGUACAGAAAGUUAUCAACAAGACUACAGAUUCAUAGAAAUCAUUAAUUCUAAUCUUACUGCAAGAAUCAAAGCCCCAGAAUUUGCUGUCCAUGGAGGAAGCAAUGUUAGUCUAGAUGGCACAAAGUCUGGAGCAGAUGGAGACCCCGUGUUUUUAAAAGAUCUUGCUUUGAAAUUUUCUUGGUUUUGUAAAUUUAGAAAAAGCAAAAAUUCCAAUUUUUACAGUGGAUGCUUUGGGAGAACAAUCUCUAAGCCAUUUUCCUAUGUAAGAAUGGUAAAUAUGGAUGUUAAUAAAUUGGAGGCUGGUCAAUAUUUUUUCACACUGGUGGUGAGUUCCGAUGAUGUUGAAGCCAAAGCUGAGCAUCGGAUGAAGGUUGAAACACACACAAGUUUAUCGAUAAGAUGUAUMUCAAAUUGCUUGUUAAAGAUAAACCCACAGAACAAGCAGGUUCUCCAGGCCAAAUGCAGCGGUAGAGGCUGUGGAAAUAUACGCAAAUAUGAAUGGAUAUUUUACCUAUAUAACAGCUCAAAAAAUGUUUGGAAAGUUCUUUCGCAGSAGUUGAMMAGAAGACCCAAAUUUCAAAACAAUGCUGAACUAUUUGUAAUCAAAAAUUUCACCCAAAGCAUUGGAUUUGUCAAUSUGAAGGACGAACAGUACAAACUAAAAGUYAUUGCACAUUUCAAUGAAUAUGUCCAGAUUUACACURAGGAURGAUUUAYAUUGAAUGCUGUACCAGAAAGUACAAAUAUGUCUGGCUGCAGCGUUAAUCCAGCGAGUGGAAGAGCAAUGGAUACUUAUUUUAGAAUAUCUUGCGAAAACUGGAAAGACAACGACUUGCCCUUGGGCUUCGAGUUCUCUUAUAUGAGUGAGUUUGGUCUUAUUUUGUUAUAUUCUGGAUAUUUCUCAACAUUUACGACCCAGCUUCUUCCUGGAAAUGGUUCAUUGGAUUUUAUCAUUGACAUUAUUAUAAAAGUAAGCGACAGAUAUGGAGCAUCUCAAACGAGCUUUGUUCCAGUAAAAGUUGUAAUACCUCCASAAGAUGAAGCAAAUUACAGAAUUUCGAGCAUCAAUGGCGAAUWUGAAGAGCUGUCCAGAAAAAGUGAUUCAAGUAGAAUUGCCGAUGUGUCCUUGUUUGCACUUUCUCUGAUGAAUUUCUACACUCAACCAACAAGCACAGAAAAUAAGGUUAAGAAYGAAAUUAUUAGCCAUGCGAGUGUCUUGAAUAUAACGUCCAUCGAUGUUUCGUCAAAAUGCGCUGCUCUUGUUAAGCCAUCCACAGAACAGCCUGGAAAGCUGACACAACUUGCACAGGAAAAUGCGUUGCUCGUAGUUGAGAAAGUGGCUAGUAYGAUGGCAAGAGAAGCUAACAGAGGAAUGGCGCCAGAAAUGACUGAAUUAUUUGCUGAGGGUCUGAUUGGUGGAUUGAGUAACAUUAUUGACCCUGUUUUUGAAGACCAGACAAGAUCCGCUGAUUUAGCAAGMGGAGUACAUGCCACAAUAGAAAAUAAGGACAAGCCUCAUCUCCGUCAAAUAUCCCAGCGAACAACUAGUAUAGCAACGCAAGUCGCAGAAACCUUAUCGAAGUCGACAAAASUUCGUGAUAAGCCUAAAAGAAUCGUGACAAAGAACAUAGCAAUCCACGUAGAAAAAGAUUUUUCUCAAUCAUUCGACAGAAAAGYUAUCAAGGAAAAGAAAAGUGUCAUUAUGUUACCUCCACUGAAAGAUGUUCUUUCGAAUACCGAUGGAACUGGAGAAGUAAUUGAUUUGGUGCUAAUUGAAUUUAAAAAGAAUCCGUUCACGUGGCAUCCAAGUUCAGAAGCCAUUCAAUCUGGAAUUAUAGAUCUCAGUUUGCAGGUCAAUGGAAAGCGAAUGAACGUAACUUCWUUGGAAAAUCCCUUAAGUCUAUAUCUUCCCAUUAAAGAAGGGRAASRMRAAARCCACCCWACGCUUCAACRCAARUUUUUCCUUACACCUGUCCAAACUAUCAAGGAGUUGAAUAGUACAGAUAAUAUGAACUAUCACAAAGUGAAUAUAUCCUCAAAGUAUUUGACGGUCAGCAUUCGUAUCGUUCCAGAAGAGGGGGCAAUUUUAGAAGUUUAUAUUCGGCCACGAAAAAAGCCUUCACCCAYAGACUACAGUUACUUCCAGAUCAUCCCAAAUUCUUUAUCCUGCAAAGACCGAAAUACCAAAUUGGUAAAUAUAAGUCAAUGUCAUAAAGACCCUUACACUAUUAGUUUUUCUGGCAACAUGACUGGAUCAUUGGGGUUGCACUACAUUGGGAUUCGUGCUUUGCCAAAACAAUUGAAAAGGUCAGCAACAAAGCGCAAGCAAAGAAAUGCUGAAAAUACACCAAAUCAUCAAGACGAGCAAAGAGCAAACAGUCCAAAUACUGGAGAUCAGAAAGGAACUUGUGUUGGAGUGAAGACUCCUGCAACAUCUCCUCCAAAAUUGUCGCGUCCAGUUUACAAGAACGAAACUGAUGUCACGUACACAUUAAAAACGUCCUUUUCGGCGUGUAUGUUUUGGUCUGAGAUAAGAAAUGCCUGGGAUACSACAGGUUGCAGGRUUGGCCCUGACACRAGUUCACGUCACGUGCACUGCUUAUGCCAUCAUAUGACCGCUUUUGGAGGGUCUUUUUUUGUGGCACCAAACCCCAUCGACUUUGACCAURUUUUUGCAGAGUUCAGUAGACUGGGUGAGACUGGUAACUAUGUUGUCUUGACAACAGUAACGCUCAUGUGGGCGAUGUAUUUCAUUGGGAUUGUACUUGCCAGAAGAGCUGACUUACAAGACAAGAAAAAAAUAAUAAAUUGCGUUAUCAACGGCACUAGUGAAAUAAGAUAUGGYCCAGUAAAGACUUACAAAAUAUCCAUACAAACUGGUUCAUGGCUUGGUUCAGGGACAACUGCAAGUGUAGCUUUGAUAUUGCAUGGAACUAAAGAUUCUGUUCCUGUGUAUUUGAAUAACGAUGAUCCUUCAAAGAAGCUWUUUGCAAGGGGCAGCGUAAAUACCUACUGGUUAUCAAUAUCAGAAGAUUUAGGCGAGAUCUUUAAAAUCAAGUUAUGGCACAACAAUUCUGGAAAAAAUCCCUCGUGGUUUGUUUAUGAUAUUAUGGUCGAGGAGGAAUCCAGCUCAGGAAAAUGGUAUUWCCUSGUCAACAAAUGGCUUGCUCUAGACAAAAAUGGUGUUAUAACAGAUGUGAUGCUAACAGAAGAAAAGGAGGAAAUGAAACUUAAGAAYAGGUUCUACUCSCGYGCWGCAAUAGAGUACUCGAAUUCUCAYUUAUGGCUUUCUUUAUUUACUAAGAGUGUACACAGUCCUUUUACACGCUGCCAGAGACUCUCUUGCUGUUUUCUUGUGCUGACUUCUACAAUGGUAACCAAUGCAAUGUUCUAUGAAUUUACAUCUGACACAACGGAAUCGUUUAUGAUUGGUCCAUUUAAAAUCACUCUUAGAAGUAUAAAAACAGGGAUUCAAAGCGCUCUGAUUACUUUACCAAUCAACGUUUUUGUUGCAUUCGUCUUUGAAAAGGUUAAGCCUAAACGUACAAUUGACGAAAGAGGUUUGGUGACACAAGAAGAACAUUCUCAAGGCUUUAUCCCAAGGUUUUUCAUCCCUAUAGCCUGGUUUCUUUGCAUAGCAGGGAUCGCCYUGUCCUCUGUAUUCACUGUGUUCUACAGCCUAAUGUGGGGAGCCACGAUAUCCAAUCAAUGGCUUGCUUCCACCAUGAUAUCCUUCACUCAAGACGUCUUCGUUAAUGAACCAAUCCAAAUCGUCGUUAUAGUUUCCCUCUUGGCAAUGAUCAUCAAAAGGCCAGUUGACAGUCGGGAAGAUGUCACGGUAUCUGUAAAGCGUGACAUUCUUGAAUGUCACGCCAUUGAGAUUCCACUGGAAAAGAAAUUGUCCAAAGCACGUGAUCUAGAAGUAGCAAGAACGACUUUAAAGAAAUUURUAACGGAGAUYAUACUUUACAUGGUCUUUGUUAGCCUGGUGUUUAUUGUGUGCUAUGGGAAUAUCAGCAUUGAGCGAUUUCGUCAAAAUUCAUCAAUCAGAUCGGCUGGUAAAGAUUUUAAGGAGGUAAACGAUGCCAAAUCAUUUUGGGCGUGGCUCCAAACAGACACAGUGCMCUUCUUGUUUAAUAACACGUGGUAUAACGGAAUGACGUUCAAAGGUCCUCAAGGUUACAUCRGUARUAAGGAGAUGUUUCUAAUAGGAAUGCCUCGAAUCAGACAAUUACGUGUAAAGUCAGAUAUUUCAUGUUUGGAAAGAACACCAAGACAACUGCAGCAUUUUUUCACAUCCUGCCUUCAAGAGUACAAUAUAUUAACAGAGGACAAAACCCAGUACAGCCUUCCAGGUUGGCAGCGUCCUCCAAUCAGCAUCGAUGUCAAUUCUUCCAAGGAAUUCAUCGACAAUUAUUGCCCAAAACCUUGGAGGUACUCUAGUUUUAAAUCUAUCCAGACAYUGCCAUAUAUGGGAGAUAAUGUUUUAUAUGGAGGGGGAGGCUUCGUUGCUGAUUUGGGCUACAGUAUUACAACGGCACAAAGCGUUGCAAGUAACUUAAAKRAAAAUAAUUGGAUYGAUGACAGCACAGCAGCAGUGUUYGUUGAGUUYACUGUAUUCAGUCCAACUACAAUGCUGUUCAGYUCUGUAAAGCUACUAUUUGAGAGAUUUCCCUACGGAGCAACGACCRCUUCAUUGCGUAUCAACACUUUUAAUGUUUAUCCAACAACCAAUAAAACAUUCCUACARCUUUGCCAGUUCUUUUUAAUUGUAAUGAUCGUCAUUACUAUUGGAAUGGAAAUAACACGACUGCUCAUGCAAAAGGCUCAGUAUUUCAAGGAUAUCUGGAACAUAGUGCAAUGGCUACAGAUAGGAACCGUGGUUGCAUCYAUUGUGAUGGCCUAUUUCAAGGAAAGCUACACAUCAGAUUUCUUAACGCGAGUAAAAGAGAAUCCUUUCCAGACUUCAAGUACCGAUUACAUAGUCUUGUGGUCUGAUCUCGAGACAUUKUUACUAUCAUUUGUCAUYUUUAUAMUGACWAUUAAACUUUUACGAAUCAUGAGGUUCAACAACUUCGUCCGUAAACUGAUAAGAAGUAUAAAAGAAACUAAAAAGAUGUUUGGUCCCUUGUGUGCUAUUUUCACGAUUGUGGUAUCAGGAUCAUCCUUCAUGGCUAAUAUACUAUUUGUGGAAACUUCCUAUGACUACUCGACUUUAGGAAGGACAGUURUAAUGCUAAUCCACCCUUUGGCUUCAGGAGAUCCACUACAGGAUACUAAUACUGCUCAAUCAUCUAACAGCCUUCUUGGUGCAAUAUUUACUAUCCUGUAUCCCAUGCUAUGGGUAAUAGUUUUAAGCAUCUUCAUAUCUGUUAUCAUGAACAGUUGGAAGUCUUUUCCUCUUGACAAAAGAAACAACCKURUCCAGCCACUAAAUGCUCUUCAAAAAYGUGUUAAGAAAGUCUGUCGAAGGAUUAAAGGCGAAAGGAAGAAAAAKAUCAACUUGGGUGSCAGUUUUGGAGCUWCGAAGCAUUCUGGGGUCAUAGAUACGAGGCUUCGUUGCAGAGAUAAUGAUAAAGUGCAUGUGCAAAGCAUGGCUUUGUGUGAUAGAUUCAUUUUGGGUGGUAAGAAGUUUGGACCUUCUGAGGUCAUAGAUACGAAGUUUCAUUGCAAAGACAAUGAUAAAACGCAUAAGCAAAGUGUGGUCUUGUGCGAUAGAUUCGARGCCAGUUCACAGCUGUGGCUAGAAACACAAGUAUGA